UUCCUUAUUUAUUAUACACAAACACACACAUCACACUUCACUAUUUCCUCUCUCUCCGCUUACUCACACCGUCUCCUUCCUCUGCACGUUCUCUCUUUUAAUAUUUUCUCUGCAAAAAUGCAUGCAAUCCCAAGACUAGCUUAGAUUAUGGGUAAAGCUUCCAAGUGGUUCCGAGCCGUUCUCGGUCUCAAAAAACCCGACCCGGUUGUCCCCUCACAGCAGCAGUAUCACAGUCUUCCUCAGCAGCAACCACCGACUGCUCAUUCUAAGGAGAGAAAACGAUGGAGUUUUGUUAAAUCAUACCGUGAGAAGGAGAGUAAUCAUAACCGUAGUUACAGUCACUCUCAGCCGCUUUCUAGAGGCGGUGAUCAGGAGGAGGAGGAUUCUAACAAACACGCUAUUGCCGUAGCUGCUGCUACCGCCGCUGUCGCCGAGGCUGCUGUGGCCGCCGCUCAUGCCGCGGCUGAGGUUGUUCGGCUCACUAGUAGCAGCGGUAGAUGCGUCGGUAAUAGUAAUAGCAAUAGUAAUACUAAUAGCUCACCGGUGGCGUAUGUCGGCAGGAAUAUUAGCGGCCAUUGUUGGCGUGAAGAAGAAUUUGCCGCUGUUCAAAUACAAUCCGCUUUUCGCGGCUAUUUGUUCCUGCAAGACUCGAGGUGUUACUCAUUUUUCUUAGAAUCUUUUACUUUAACGGCAAAGAGGGCUUUACGAGCUUUAAAAUCGUUAGUGAGGCUACAGGCAUUAGUUAGAGGUUACAUUCAGAGGAAGCGAACUGCAGAGUGGCUUCUUCAUCAAAUGCAAGCGUUAAUGAAAGUUCAGGCACGAGCACGUGCUGGACGUGUACAGAUAUCUGAAUCUUCACAUUCAAGCUGCAAAUCUUCUCACUUUAACCACCCUGGUCCACCAACCCCUGAAAAAUUUGAACACGCAAUCCGAGCUAGGUCAUCAAUACUCAAGAGGAUUGGAUCUAAAUCUAAUGGUAGAGCAAUUGGUGAUGAGGACAAAGCACUCUUGUCGUUUAAUUGGUCAGAGCGUCGGAUGGAGGAAAGAUCAUGGGAGCAAAGAGUAUCUGCAGGAAGAAGCGGAUCUAUAGAUGAUGAGAAAGCAGACAAGAUUCUUGAAAUAGAUACCGGAAAACCCCACUUCACUCCUAAACGCAGAAAUCUUUUGCAAUCACUUCACACCUUCACUUCAGAUCAAUAUAGUAAUAGCUUCACAAACUCAAAAGAAUCAACAGCUCAUCAAACAGUUCCGAGUCCAUUGUCCGGUGAAGUGCAAUCUUCAACAUCAUUGAAAUAUCCUCGGGAGGAAGACGAUGCCUUUUGCACUGCUGAAAAUAGUCCACAAUUCAACUCUGCAUCAUCGAGGGGUGGCAGUGGGAGGAGAAGUCCCUUUACUCCGAGUAAGAGUGAUGGCUCAACAAGCCUUCUAAGUGGUUACUCAGACUACUAUCCGAAUUUCAUGUCCUAUACCGAAUCUUCAAAGGCAAAAGCGAGAUCACUCAGUGCUCCGAAACAAAGACCGCAAUAUGAGAGAUCAAGUUCAACAAAGAGGUACUCUAUUCACGGGUUUGGAGAAUCGAGAUCGAGUAGCGCACAGAGGGCUUCUGCUUUGCGUGCGAGUUUUACCAGCAAAGCAUACCCGGGAUCCGGUCGCUUAGAUAGGCUCGGAAUGCCAAUCGGGCAGAGGUUCUAAGUAUAUGGAGGAGCUUCUGAUAUGGCUAACUUAGUUAAUACUUAAUCUAGUUUGUUCAUGUAGUGUUUAAGUUGUUGAUGUUGCUAAGUUAAUAUGUAGUCUGAUUUAUGAAUUUUAGUGGAUAAUUAAGUAUAUUCACUUUCUAUAUUAUGCAAACACUGUAAAGCAGUGUUUUAGAA